AUUGGCCGUGUUCGAGAGCAUCAACACCGUGAUGUAUCAUAGGACAAUUGUAAAUGACUGACUGAUCUACAACUAACAUUGACAAGUUAUUUACGAUGCGAGGUGACUUGUAGAUCACUCAGCCUCGACUUGCCUUUAAAGUCGGCUGAAAUGUCGAACGCUCCCAUUGUUGCAAGAGGCGAACUCUGGCCGCACAAUACACUAACACUUUCACCAUUCCUGCGUAGACGUUUGCGAAUAGACAGUGUUUGUGCAUUGCACGGGCUUGAUUGUGGUUACAGUUUAGCUUCAAGUAUCAGUUUACUUACUUAUUUUACCACCGCAAUGAACAGAGUAAAGAUAGUUUUUGGUCAUUUAUCGCCACCGAACACGUUCAAAACCCACAGCGAUCCUAUUGUCUCCAGGGCAAAAUGUAGUGCUUUAUCCGCCAGUCCAGAUGAUAUAGUGGUGGUCCACGGGCUGAGGACUGCUAUCGGCAAGGCUAAAAAAGGAUCUUUCAAGGACACCACUCCAGACGAGCUGUUGAGUUGUGUGAUGACAUCGGUCCUGGUAGAUGUGGGACUGUCACCUGAGAGACUAGGGGACAUCUGUGUGGGUAAUGUUCUACAGCCUGGGGCAGGUGCUCUCAUGGCCAGAGUGGCUCACUUCCUCAGUGAGUUCCCAGAGACUGUUCCUGUCUACACCGUCAACAGGAUGUGUUCCUCUGGACUACAGGCUCUGUUCAACGUCGCAGGAGCCAUCAGGAGUGGGUCAUAUGAUAUGGGUCUGGCCUGUGGAGUGGAGAGCAUGUCUCUGCGUGACGCUGGGGAACCAGGCGAUGUGAGCUCCAGACUUAUGGACUACGAGAAGGCUAGAGACUGUGUCAUACCUAUGGGCAUCACCUCAGAGAAUGUGGCAGAGCGGUUCGGUGUCUCCAGAGAGAAGCAGGAUGCGUUCGCCUUCAGCUCUCAGCAGAAGGCCAGCCAGGCUCAGAAGCAGGGGAUAUUUGACCAGGAGAUCUGCCCAGUAACCACAAAGUUUGUUGACGAAGACGGCUCUGAACGUACGGUUACCGUAACCAAGGACGAUGGGAUCCGGCCCGGUACCACGCUGGCAGGGCUGACCAAACUCAGAGGGGCUUUCAAACCUGACGGCAGCACCACCGCAGGUAACUCCAGCCAGGUGAGUGACGGUGCAGCAGCGCUGCUGGUGGGCAGGAGGUCCGUGGUGGAGUCCCUGUCUCUGCCAGUCCUGGGGGUGCUGAAGGCCAGUGCUGUGGUGGGGGUACCCCCUGAUGUCAUGGGUAUCGGACCAGCCUAUGCCAUCCCUGCUGCUCUGGGGCAGGCCGGUCUGACUGUAGCUGAUAUUGACGUGUUUGAGAUCAACGAGGCGUUCGCCAGCCAGGCUGUGUAUUGCGUGGAGAAGCUGGGGAUCCCCCUGGAGAAGGUGAACCCUAACGGAGGAGCCAUCGCCUUGGGUCACCCUCUGGGCUGCACCGGGGCCCGCCAGGUUGUCACCCUGCUCAACGAACUCAAACGCAGGGGCAGGAGGGCCUAUGGCGUGGUGUCCAUGUGUAUCGGAACAGGGAUGGGAGCUGCAGCAGUGUUUGAGUACCCUGGACCUUAGAGGGAGCUGAUCAAUAAUAAUAUUGAUGAAGGGUUUACACUGUGAUGCUUCUUACACCUUUGACAGAAUCAGCCGUUGAUUAACCGUUGAGGUGUUCCUGCCCUGACUAUUGAGUACUAACAGUUUGUCAGUUGUGUAAUUCAUCAGAGUGCAUGUUUUUGGAUUCCAUAUAAAUGACGGCACGAGAACUGACUGGUUAAUCAUUCCGUAGAUUACUGUAUGUUAAUGCCUUGCCAAAGUCUGAUAAAUCUAAGUGCCUUGCAUUUCAGGAAAGCAAUGCAUCAUUGUGCUUUGAUAUACCGCUGUACAAAUCAAUCAGUAAAUAUGUGAUUUUGUUUGAAAUGUUCAAUGUUAGGGGCUGAAAGAGUGAUAUGGAAUAACAUGGGGUAGAUUAGUUAGAUGGUGAUAUGGAAUAACAUGGGGUAGAUUAGUUAGGAGAUGGUGAUAUGGAAUAACAUGGGGUAGAUUAGUUAGGAGAUGGUGAUAUGGAAUAACAUGGGGUAGAUUAGUUAGGAGAUGGUGAUAUGGAAUAACAUGGGGUAGAUUAGUUAGGAGAUGGUGAUAUGGAAUAACAUGGGGUAGAUUAGUUAGGAGAUGGUGAUAUGGAAUAACAUGGGGUAGAUUAGUUAGGAGAUGAUGAUAUGGAAUAACAUGGGGUAGAUUAGUUAGGAGAUGGUGAUAUGGAAUAACAUGGGGUAGAUUAGUUAGGAGAUGGUGAUAUGGAAUAACAUGGGGUAGAUUAGUUAGGAGAUGGUGAUAUGGAAUAACAUGGGGUAGAUUAGUUAAGCACUAUUUGCACGGGACCUGUAUUACUAGAGAACGUUGGUUAUGUAAUUAUUACUCUAGAAUGUCCGUUAUCCCUGAGGAUGACUGGGAUGGGAUUCAUUUUUCCAAAUUGACCCCUGUAAUUAUUACUUUUUUCAAUAAAUUCACAGUUAUGACAGAA